AUGAGCCACCCCGAUUAUCCUACUGAACCCCGUGUUGGAAGACAGAAUCAAGUCUAUGAUCACAAUGAUAUUCGACAAAUCUCGGGUAGCAUUGCUGUAGAUCCCAAAACGAAUAAAGUAUUGAUUAUUUCAAGCAGUAAAUAUGAAAAUGUGUGGGUUUUGCCAAAAGGUGGUUGGGAAAAUGACGAAACUCGAGAAGAAGCAGCGAAAAGAGAGACAUAUGAAGAAGGAGGUGUAAAAGGUGUUGUGAAAGGAUUUGUGGGAAGUUUUGUAGAUUACGAUUAUAUGGGAAACCCAAAAAGCCAUGUGUGGUUUUAUGAAUUAGAGGUCCAACAUAUUUACGAGCGUUGGCCAGAGGAGGACUUUAGACAAAGAAAAUGGUGUGCUUUUGAAGAAGCUAUGCAGUUGCUUCGUUUUAAACCCUACAUGCAAAAGGCACUUUUAGCAUCCACCUUUGGACAAGAGAAUAACAAGAAUAUAGACAAUUAG